AUGAGUAACAACGGGCCACUAUUUUUCUGGCACCCAGAUGAUGCCGAGUAUCCUUUCCUAUCUCAGCAUUACAUAUGUGAGUUCACGGAUGAGAAUGGUCGUACUUUUACUUCAACUGAGCAGUGGAUGAUGUUCCACAAAGCUCUCCAUUUCAAUGACAUUCCCACCUCGAUCGAAAUUCUUGAAACGACGAAUCCUAGAAAAAUCAAAUCUCUGGGCCGCAAAGUCAAGAACUUUGAUGAAAAGGAAUGGAACAAAGUUAAAUUCAACAUAGUCAUUCAAGGAAAUGUAUUCAAGUUUUCGAGGGGAGGAAAAGAGCUGAGAGAACAGUUAGAGAGAACGGGGGAUAGAGAACUGGUAGAAGCAAGUCCGUAUGAUAAGAUUUGGGGCAUUGGGAUCAAAGGGGGAGUGAAGGAAUGUCAGAGGCAGGAGAGGGAUGGGACGUUGGAUGGAAAGAGAAAGGAAUGGGGGAAGAAUCUUUUGGGUUUGGCGAUGGUGGAGGCUAGAAGGUUGAUUAGAGAGAAGGAGAAGAGUGAGAGAAGAGAGUGA